AUGGCGGUAGCCGGGAGGCAACGGGUACAGUACACACUACACAGUACUGAGUACACACUCGAAGAAAUCGGUGGGCCAGGUGGGCGCAAAAAGCAAAAAUUUUCCUACAGUAGGAGACAAAGGGCGGCGAAGGCGAAUUUGACCCAGAGAAAGCGAGACGAACCAGAUGUCAGAUACAUAUCAUUUGAUAAUUCUAGGAAUUAUUCUGGAACAACUGGAGAAUAUACCUUCCCCAUGUAUAGCGAGGGUUUGUAUAGGUGGGAUGGGAAGUACGUAGAUACACCCACCAAAUUCUACAUACUACAUACAUCACAUUUUGCUCCAUCUCGGGGUCGAUCGUCGGAUUCUGCACUCUGCAGUACUUACUUGGUAUUUCCUCCCGUCCCGUAUACCGCCAAACUAUCCUACGUGUAUGACCUCAGCCAGUGGUAUACCGGACGUAGUUUAAGGUGGUGGACGAGACAUGGAUGUCAGAUGGUUAUCGGCAAGAUGGGUGCAGCACCGUACUUGGCGCGAACCGUCCAAACUCUGCCAAUUGAUCUUCGCGAUUUCGUCAUGGAGUCCCUGGAGGACAAUUGGAUAAACGUAGUCAGUGGAAAAGAUAUCCACGCCGGUCGUCAAACAUUUCAUACUGAUGCGACAUGGCCUGGACGAAUAGAGACCCUGCCAAUUGAUGGCUACGACGCGAGAAUAGGCAAACGCACCAAGUGUCGAGACAAUAUGACCUUUUCUGGUAAGGUAGCAGGCGCCUUCUCCUCCCCGUAUGGAUACACCGUAACUCCGUACGUUGAGGACAAUACAGAGUAA